AAGCUUUUUAUGGCGGGGGUAACUGCACCGUUAACUGACCUGCGGCGGAAAGGGAUUGAGUACAGGUGGGGGGAGAAAGAGCAAGCUGCUUUAUCCGCGCUAAAAAAUUUUAUGUGCUCAGCCCCUGUCCUUUGCAUUACUGAUCCUUACCAUCCAUUCGAAGUAAUCACAGAUGCCAGCGAUCUCGGCGAAGGUCUACAGCCAAUCGCGUACGAGUCACGGAAGUUACACGCGCCCGAGCGAAAUUAUCUGAUACACGAUAAGGAAAUGCUUGCGGUCGUGCACGCCUUCAAAGUGUGGCGGUGCUACCUGAUGGGCGCAGACGUGAAAGUACAGACAAACCAUCGCAGCCUACAGUACAUCCGCGCACAACCACUGUUUAACCCAUGAUAGAUUCGAUGGUUGGAUUUUAUGG